GUUAACCUUAAUCUGUUGUCGAUUAUCAGUAUAUAUUAAGUUAGGAUUCAGGGUCAUUGUCUGUAGCGGUGGUCAUAGUCGGCACCACAGCGGGAUCAGUGGAUCUAGCCAGUGGAAGUUUGUUGGGCUGGGAUAGGUGCCACCGCUGGUCGAUGCCCAUAGAAUUAUUGUUCCCAGGGCACAAUUAUUUGGGCCCUGGUAACCCUAUCGAGAAUGGCGAGCCGGUCGAUUCUGAUGAUGCCAUAGCGCAGAUUCAUGACUUGGCCUACCAUUACGCGGAGUGUGCGGAGGACAUCAGGUUAUCGGACAGGGAGGCCAUUGCUUCUUUCUUUAGUGACUGUGUGGAGAAUCGUAAUUGGCAUAGUGCUGUUGGCUGUAUGGGGAUAGGAAUCAAAUACGUUGUUGAAUCUUGUGUGGGAAUACUCUAUCCAAACGACGGACGAAGUGUGCCAAGAGCCCAAUACAUGCCGGUGGAUGAAGAGGCCCAGCGAGAGAGUCUGGUUAGAGUGAUGGAAGAAAGCGCAAGGUUAACUAGACGAAAGAAUGGAAGUGAAGGUUCAGCUUUUGAAGCAUUCGCGGAAAUCGGUGAGCGACUCAUUGCUAGCGCGGGUAGGACAGAGAAACAGAGAGAAUAUGAAAUAGAGCAAAUGCUAGAUAUUAGAGCAAGUCGACAGAUAUUACAGUGAACGACGAUACCUGGCUGAUC